AUGCAGAAAGAAUUAAACGACAUAAUUGAAAAAUCGUUACAAAAAGCAUAUGAUCAUGACAGAACUGGGAAUGUAGGAAAAGCAUAUGCAUAUUAUACAGUUGUAGCAGAAUUAUGUCCUCAAAAAAGACCAGAAAUUGAAGAAGCCUUUGUUGAUGUUCUUUGUCAGUGGGGAAUACAAUUAGCAGGUGAAAACAGAUUUACAGAUGUUGCUUUGUGUUACAAACGUUCCUUAGAUAUUUAUCCAAAUAAUCCUCGUAUGUUAAAUAAUUUUGCGGCUCAUCUGUUAAGGAAUAAUGAUCCAAUAGAGGCAAUAAAAUAUUUAAAGGAAGCCCUGCAAGCCAAUCCUAACUUUUUGCCAGCAGAAAGGAACCUGCAAAAUGCAUUUAGUAUGGCUGUAGAUAGAUGGCAUUUUCCAAUGUUAAAUGACAAGCACAGAAACAAUGCGUUUGGGUGUGUAAUUCGCAAGAGAAUUUCUCAAGGAUAUAAUACCGUAUUAGAUGUAGGAACUGGUACAGGAUUACUAAGUUUGUAUGCGCAAAAUGCAGGUGCUAAAAAAAUUUAUGCAUGUGAAUGUUCGCCGGUAAUGUUAAAAAUUGCUGAAAAAGUAUUUGAAACUAAUGAUGCUAGAAAUAUAAUAUUAUUACCCAAACUUUCUUCAGAGCUUGUAAUUCCUACAGAUAUUACAGAAAGAGUAAGAUUAGUAGUAACAGAAACUUUUGAUGCUGGUUUAUUUGGAGAACAUGUGAUACCAUCUAUGAUAAGUGUACAUUCAAAUAUUUUGGAUAAAAAUGGUAUAGUGAUACCAAUGGGAGCUACACUGUAUAUAGCUGCUAUUGAAUGUGAAUAUAUAAGAAAUAAAUCAGCUGUGAUGUUUGAUAAAAUAAAACAUUUUUGUCCUUUAAAUUUUGAUAAUAUGUCCAUAUUAUUAGAUGAGGAAUAUUAUGAUACAGAAAAUUUAAAAAAUGUGGAAGUAAAUUAUAUAGUAGAACCUACAGCAUUUUUUACUAUCAAUUUCAAUAACUUAUCAGAUUUACAGCAAUUUAAUACAGAUGGAAUAAAAAAUAUUAUAGAUGUAACGUGCAAAAGUAGUGGUACUAUAGAUGGUUUAAUAACUUGGUUUAAGUUACAUCUAGAUGAAGAAAUAACAAUAGAUACUUCAGAAAAGAAAUCAUGUUGGCAAGUUGCUGUUUUUCCUACAAUACCAAGGUUAUUGAAUAGGAAUGAUAUAAUAAUGAUUAAGGGCGAAAUGUUAAAAGGAAAACUCAAAUGUUCAUAUACAUCGAGUGAUUCACAGUGUAAUGACUAUAACCAUAAUCUUUUAUAUCGGUUACCAAAAGAAGUUAUAACGUUUUUAAAUGAUGUUGAAUAUAUAAGAUUACUUACUGAAGUUAGCAAAUCGCUCACUAACAAAGAAAUACAUAGUAUUUUGGAUACUUCCCCAUUUCCAAUUUAUGGAUUAAUAUUAUUAAAGGAAAAUAAACAUAGUAAUAUUUUAUAUUAUAAAAAUGAGAAUACAAUGUUUCAACGAUUUAUCAAACAAGUAGCAAAACAAAAUGGUUUUGAGGAUAAACUAUGUAUUGUAUCAAAGUACAAUCAUAUUAAACAUUCCGUAGAUACUAUAUUUAUUCAUGAUUUUGACAUUAAAGGAGAAUUGAGAGACUGCAGUGAAGAGCACAACCACGAGUUUUUUCGAUGUUUACUUAAACCAAAUGGUAUUUUAUUGCCUGAACAGAUAUUUUUUGUAGGACAGCUUGUAUUUUCAGAUGAUUUACCAAAUAUGGUUUAUGUAGAAGAUAAAAAUUUACAAGACAUAUCAUUUACAUUUAAUGCAUCAGAUUUUGAAAAGGAAGCUCAUAGUACUUUUAAUGCUAUUGCUUCUUAUGGUAUUGCACAGUACAUAAACGAAUUUAAGAUAAAUCAGAUUUUCGAUUUGAAUUCAAGUUUAUAUUUAUAUGAACCUUUAUCUGAUGUAAAUGUAUUGAUAGAAAUGAGAGAAAAUGAAGUUGCUGAACGUGUAAUAAAUUUUGGAAAGAUAAGUGCAACUAAUAAUAAAUUGUUGCCAAAUGCUUUAAUAUGUUGGUAUAAAGUAAGAUUAACGUUAAAUCAUAAUUACGAUACAAAAAGGAAUGGAUCAUUUAUGAAUCAUACAGCAAUAUUACUAGAAGAUGAAUUAAAGAAUUCUAUUUUACAAGGUAACGAAGUAUGUAUAAAAGUACAGCAAGCUGAAGGUAUAAUCCGAGUAAAAGUCAAAUGA